AAGGUUAGAUUGGGGGAGUAGUGAAUGGACACAGCACAGGCUAAAUGUUUUUCGGUUAAUCUGCGUGUGAGGUGACAUGAUGAUGACCUGCAUUAGAGUUGUGGAAGUGUAACAGAAACUUCCAUGGUCAAGAUAUCAAGAGAGCCCAUUAGAAGGACAUGAACUUCCUGGGAAGUUAACAGUAGAGUGUGAUGUGUGCUAAGAUAGAUAAGGAGAUGGCCAAGAUGGUUGUUAGGGAGAUGAAUGUAGUUUUAAGGAUGCUGACAAUGGAAGGGUGGUGACACAUACCAGGCAGCAGCACAAAAGGCUGGACUGAGCUUCAGAGGAGUGAGAGGACUAAAGAUAAAGACGUGGCAGUAGUGGUCUGCUUAGAGGUGAUGCUUGAGGGAAGAGUCUGCUGAAGUAAAAGGACAAGACUGACAGGAGUGGAGGCACGAGGACCGAGACAAGUGAAGAUUGGGUGGAGGGCUGGUGACUAGAACAGCCAGCUAGGAAGUCCAUGAUGCACUUGAAGAAGCAGGAGGUGUAGGAAGGCUGAACACCUGAAAAGGGAAGGAGAAGUGCACUCUAGAGGGGUCCAUAGGGCUCCGUGCUGUUGAGACAUCACGGGAGCAGUGGUAACCAGACUGUGAGAUGACCAGAGUCAGUGUGCCUCUCCCUGGGCCUGAGCAAGGUGGCACGCCACAGGCAGGAGAAACCGGUGGGGUUGCACAGCACUCCCCACUCCAGGAUUCCACCGCACUGCGCUUUGAUGCCUUGCUGAAGGGCGCUGCAUCAAGCUCGUUGAAAGCUGUGAACCCUAAAGUGCCCCCACACUGCAGCCUGCAGAACACCGCCCCUGCUUUCAUUUGUUCCUCUGACCCUGUGCCUUUCCCUGUAGCCACAGCCGGCCCGGGAGAAGUUCUACAGCAUGGCUGCCCAGAUCAAGCUCCUCUUAGAAAUCCCUGAGAAGAUCUGGAGCUCGAUGGAAGCCUCCCAGUACCUCCACGCCGCACAGCUGUACCUGCUCUGCUGCCACCUGCACAGCCUGCUCCAGCUGGAUUCUUCCGGCUCCCGAUACAGCCCUGUCCUCUCCCGCUUCCCCAUACUCAUCCGGCAGGUGGCAGCGGCCAGCCACUUCCGGUCAACCAUUCUGCAUGAAAGCAAGAUGCUGCUCAAAUGCCAGGCUGCGUCGGACCAAGCAGUGGCAGAGGCCCUGUGCUCUAUAAUGCUCCUAGAGGAGAGUUCUCCUCGCCAAGCCCUGGCAGACUUCCUGUUGGCCAGAAAGGCAGCUAUUCAGAAGCUUCUCAACCAGCCGCACCACGGUGCUGGGGUCAAGGCUCAGAUUUGCUCAUUAGUGGAGUUGCUGGCCACCACUUUGAACCAAGCGCAUGCUCUUUUCUACACUUUACCGGAAGGGCUGCUGCCAGACCCAUCCCUGCCAUGUGGCUUGCUCUUCUCAACUCUGGAGACCAUCACAGGCCAGCAUCCUACUGAAAAGGGCAUCGGCGUUCUCCAAGAAGAGAUGAAGCUCUGCAGCUGGUUCAAGCACCUGCCGGCAUCCAUUGUCGAGUUCCGGCCGGCUCUGCGGACCCUCGCACAUCCCAUCAGCCAGGAGUACCUAACCGACACGCUGCAGAAGUGGAUCCACAUGUGCAAGGAAGACAUUAAAAACGGGAUCACCGGCCUGCUCAUGUUCGUGAAGAGCAUGAAAGGCCUGGCGGGGAUCCGGGAUGCCGUGUGGGAACUACUGACCAACGAGUCCACCAGCCGCAGCUGGGACGUGGUGUGCCGGCGGCUUCUGGAGAAGCCCCUCUCGUUGUGGGAGGAUUUGAUGCAGCAGCUGUUCCUUGACCGAUUACAGACGCUGACAAAAGAGGGCUUUGACUCCAUCUCCAUGAGCUCCAGGCAGCUCCUCACCUCCGCCUUGCAGGAGCUCGAGAGCAGCACCAGCAAGUCCGCUUCCAACAAGCACAUCCACUUUGAGCACAACAUGUCUCUCUUCCUGUGGUCCGAGAGUCCCGGUGACCUGCCUCCCGAUGCCGCCUGGGUCAGCGUGGCGAGCCGGGGCCCGUUUGGCGGCAGUGGGCUCUCCAUGAAAGCUCAAGCUGUCAGCCCUUGUGUGCAGAACUUCUGCGCUGCUCUAGAUGCUAAACUGAAGGUGAAACUGGAUGACCUCCUGGCUUACCUUCCCUCUGACGACUCGUCACUGCCCAAGGAGGUCACCCCCCUGCAAGCCAAGAACUGUGCCUUUGACAGGUACGCAGACGCCGGGACUGUGCAGGAGAUGCUGCGGACUCACUCGGUGGCCUGCAUCAAGCACAUCACGGACUGCGUCCGGGCAGAGCUGCAGAGCAUCGAGGAAGCUGUGCGAGGCCCGCAGAGUGCCCUGGGCCGUGACAAGCUGCAUGCGGUCCUUUUCAUGGCCAGGCUCUGCCAGUCCCUGGGAGAACUGUGUCCUCACCUGAAGCAGUGCAUCCUGGGAAAGUCUGGGAGCUCUGAGAAACCAGCCAGGGAUUCCAGGGCUCUGAAAAAACAAGGAAAGGGGAAAACGGAGAAAGUCCUACCUACGCAGGCCCAGUGGCAGGAAGUUAAGGAGCUCCUCCUGCAGCAGAGUGUGAUGAGCUACCGGGUCUGGAGCUCAGCGGUGGUGCAAGUGUUAGCUCAUGGAUUUGCCCAGUCAUUACUUUUAGAUGAUGCUGGCUCAGUCCUGGCCACGGCCACCAGCUGGGAUGAACUGGAAAUUCAGGAGGAAGCGGAGUCUGGCAGCAGCAUCACAUCCAAGAUCCGACUCCCUGUCCAGCCGUCCUGGUAUGUGCAGUCCUUCCUGUUCGGCUUGUGCCAGGAAAUUAAUCGGGUUGGAGGCCAUGCCUUGCCCAAGGUGACGCUGCAGGAGAUGCUGAAAAACUGUGUGGCUCAAGUAGUAGCUGCCUAUGAGAAACUCUCAGAAGGAAAAGAGAUGAAGAGAGAAGGUGCAUUUCCAAUGACCCAGAACCGGGCGCUGCAGCUGCUUUACGACCUGCGGUACCUCAGCACUGUGCUCACAGCCAAGGGUGAAGAGGUGAAAAGUGGCCGCAGCAAACAUGACUCCAGAAUUGAGAAAGUGACUGACUACUUGGAAGCACUCAUUGAUCCCUUUGACCUGGAUGUGUUCACACCACACCUCAACAGCAACCUCACACGCCUGGUGCAGCGAACUUCUGUUCUAUUUGGACUGGUUACUGGUACAGAGAAUCAGUUCACCCCCAGGAGCAGCACAUUCAACUCGCAAGAACCCCAUAACAUACUGCCGCUGGCAUCGAGCCAGAUCAGGUUUGGACUUCUUCCACUCAGCAUGACAAGCACUCGAAAGGCCAAAUCAACCAGCAGAAGCAUCGAAUCCAAAGCCCAGGUUGUCCCCCCGGCACUCUCCCGAGCAGACGACCCGACGCAUCCCGGCUCCUUAUUCAGACAGUUUGUCAGUGAGGACGAAGACGCUACGCCUUCCUUAUUCAAACUUGGUUGGCUCUCUAGUAUGACUAAGUAACAUGGGACAUGGCCAUCACUCUCUAAAUAAAUACUACUGCAUCAUUUCUACUAA